CUCCCUGAUUAUUUCCUCAGCCUUCCAGCAUCAGGAUCACCAGCCAAAAUGAGACCCAUUCUUCUUGCCGGGCACGAGCGUGCUCUCACCCAGAUCAAAUACAACCUCGACGGCGACCUCAUCUUCUCUGUCGCAAAGGACCAGCAGAUCUGCGUCUGGUUCUCUCACAAUGGCGAGCGUCUAGGCACCUACCACGGCCACGUCGGUGCCAUCUGGACCGUUGACGUCGACCCGACCUCCACCUACAUCGCCUCUGGCUCAGCCGACAACACCAUCCGCAUGUGGGAGGUCAAGACCGGCAAGUGCCUCAAGACUUGGGAGUUCCCCACCGCCGUCAAGCGUGUCGAGUUCAACGAGGACGGUACCAAGCUGCUUGGUGUCACCGAGAAGCGUAUGGGCUACCUCAGCAACAUCGUCGUUAUCGACAUCAACCCGGAUAUCACCGCCGAGCAGACCGACGAGAAGUCCCUGACCAUUGUCUGCGACGAGAGCAAGGCCACCGUUGCUGGCUGGAGCCAGGCCAGCAAGUACAUCAUCGCCGGCCACGAGGACGGCAGUGUCAGCCAGUACGACGCUAAGACCGGUGAACUGCUGGACAACGUCCCUAUCCACGAGCUCGACAAGCCCAUCGUCGACCUGCAGUGGUCACCCGACAGGACCUACUUCAUCACUGCUUGCCGAGACAAGACCGCCAAGCUCAUCUCUGCUCGCGACCUCGCCACUCUCAAGACAUACCCUGCAGACACUCCUCUCAACAGCGCCACAAUCACCCCCAAGAAGGACUUUGUCAUCCUCGGAGGUGGUCAGGCCGCCAUGGAAGUCACCACCACUUCCGGUCGCCAGGGUAGAUUCGAGGCUCGAUUCUACCACAAGGUCUUCGAAGACGAGAUUGGCCGUGUCCGUGGCCACUUCGGUCCUCUCAACACCGUUGCCGCUGACCCUACCGGCCGCUCCUACGCCUCUGGAGGUGAGGACGGUUACGUCCGUGUCCACCACUUCGACAAGGGCUACUUCGACUUCAACUACGAGGUUGAGAGGGAGCGACUGAACCGACUGCAGUAAACUCUCAGGAGAAGGAAUGAAACCAAACCGAACCUCUUUUCCCUCUUUUUUUCCAGUUUUGGCCUAGAAUUUGAAACCAAAAGAAAGCGAAAGGGAAGAGAAAUAUAGAGAAAGGAGACGGGGGAGAGAAAGGGAAAAUGACCAGUCUGUGUUUUGAUUAUUGCGGACUGCUUGCUUGCUUGCUUGCAUGCGUUACAUAUAGUACGGCGUUUUGGAAGGGCGGAAAGGGAAACAAACAAGUUCUUCUUGCGGGAAGGGAGAGGGGAUAUUCAAGGUGGGGGGGACGACUGAUUCCCGUAUGUAAUCCAUACUAGGUAUCUCCUUGUGUUGUAGUAGAGAGAAGAAGAAAAUAUUGUGCCACUUCAAG